AUGAGUGAAUUUGAAUUGACAGAAGAUUAAGUCAGAUAUUGUCACCCUUAUUUUAUGAAUGAAAAUCUAGUAGAAGAGUAAUAGGAAAUUCUUUAAAGAUUUCCUAAUAUAAUCGAGUUGUUUGAAUAACUGGGACUUCCUAUUCCUAAAAACUACCGUUAAGGUGUUUAACUUGGAGAAGUUGGAAAUGAUAGAGUCAUAAUUAGACCAAGUGGAUUCAGCGGAUUAGAUAGGGACCCAGAGCCGGAUUAAUCAAAUGAUAGGCGUUCUUGUAAUGUCUUUGGCAAAUCCGGGGAUUUACCCAACGAUGUCAGAGAGUAACUUAAAGAGGAAAGAUCUUAACUAAUUAUCAAAAGCUCAUCACUUCUGCAGAUUAAAGAAAAUCAGAAAAAUCAAACAUUAAAGUCAUUCACUUUGAAUGACGUUUAAUUAACAGAUGAAGGAGUUCUCUCUUUAUCAAUUGGUUUACAGUCAAACACUUACAUAUCUGAAAUAAAUCUACCCAAUAAUCAAAUAACAUCUUAUGGAAUAGAAAAUUUGCUUGAUUGUCUUGAAACUAAUACAAAUAUAGUUGAUAUUGAUCUUGAAAGCUCUUUGUUCCUCAAUUCAGAGACUAAUUCUAAACUUACCUAAGCUUUCAUGAGAAAUCAGACUCUAUUAAUUCUUGAAAAUGAUGAUGAAACUAAACUUUGCAAUGGGUUUAUAAACCUAUAGCUUAUUGUCGAAUCUAAUUGUUUCAUUAUUGAAAAUAUAGAGCAUCUAAAAGAUUACUUAGAAGAUGGCCAAAACUAACACCAUCAAAUCUAGUUACCAAAGGAGCUAGAAUCAUAUAUUAAGUAAAAAUUAGAAUUGAGAAAAUCGAACAAGCCUCCGUCAAUUUUAUCAAACAGUUCCUCAGCAAGUGAUCUUUUAAAGAUGAGGCAACCAUUUUAAUCUAUCUCUUAAUCACAUAUUGCUUCAUAGAAAAACUUAAAAACUAGCAAUUACAAUUUAGAUGAGCCCAAAUCCUUUAAUUCUCCCUUGUAAAAAUAAGAAUAACCAAUCAAAAUGCUCUACUAUCCUUCAAUGAGUGACAUAUCUGGGAAUCAGGAGAAUGAGAUACCAAUGGAUAUUAGAGAACUUCAAUAACUAAGAUACCACGAUCAACCCUCUCAAAAAACUUCACUUGAUUAUCACACCAGUAAAAAUCCAAGUUUAAAUCUUUCUGAUUCUAAGGAAUACAUAAAUUCUGAGGAAGAGGAAGAGACUAAAUAUUAGAAUGUUGGAUAAUAGCAAUAUGAUAACAAAACUUAGACUAGCAGCAUUUUACUCAAUAACACUGAAAACUAAAAGCAAUUCUUCGAAGCUUUGGGCCAAGAUAGGGCUAAUGCAGGUCACUUUGAGCACAUAAGUGAGGCACCUGGACAUUAAAGAUAGAUUAGUGGUUACUCCUAGAAUUAAAGCUUCUUAAACACCUAAAAUCUUCAAGAUUCUCUGAUUAAGAGGUUAGAAGAUUUGAUACAUGAAAGAUUAUUAGACUCUGAAAGCAGAUUAUAGUAAUCUAUUAUACAAAAUAAUGAGAAAUUGAAUUAGUAUUACAAGGAAUAAAGUAAAUUAGUAGAUCUAUAAAAAUAGAGUGAACUCAGACUAAAUCAGUAUUCAGAUAAAUUUGAGGAGAUACAGAUGUCACUUCAUUACAUUUAAAACUAGUAAGAAGACUAGUAAAAGAUGGUGGGUUAGUUUUAAAACUAAUUGAAUGAACUCAAAACCAGACCUGCAUCUGUUGAUGGCAGAAAAUCGAUAAGCAACAUUAAUAUGAAUAACGUUAAAAAGAAGGAUGAAAUAGAGCUAAGAACUAAAUGUGAAUAGCUGGUAGCCGAAACUCGAUCCCAGCUUAAAGCUAUCCAAGAAUAGACAGAUAUUAGUGCAUUUCAAAAAGAGUAAUAAGCCUUGAUCAAUCAUUUUAAUCAGAUCUAAUAAGAUGUUAACAACAGACUUUUAGAGUUUUCUAAAUCUUUCCAAGAGGACCAUCAGCAAAAACAUCUUGAAUCAAGCAUAAUUUAAAUGAUGGAGGAAAGAAUAACCUCCUCUGAUGAGAGAAUGCAGGGUUUAGAAAAACUAACUAAAGAAAUACAUGUAGCAAUAUAGAGAUAUAAAAAUAAGAAUCUGGAAAAGAACAUCUAGGACAGAUUUGAUCAGAUAGUCUAGGAGAACAAAUAAUUUUAAGAUCAGAUUAAGUAGAAACUAAUUGAUAUCAACAAUUUGAUAGAUCAAAAAUGCAAGAAAAGCGUUGCUAAUGUGUAUGAGAGUAAAAUUACAAAGAUCGAGACUGAUAUCAAACUGAUUAGCGAUAGUCUCGAGAGUAAAUCUGAUGAUAGACUAAGAAGAAGUCAACACAACAGUGGAUAGAAUCAAAAUAUGCCUAUUACUUAAUAAAAUGUUGGGUAUGCCUAUAAAAACGAGAUCUAAAAAGUGAUUUAAAGAUAAGAUGACUAAUAAAAAAUACUUGAAAAGGUCAAAACUGAUACUAUAGAUUUUAAGCAAAAAAUUCAGUAGUUAUUUGAAUACUUUGGCUAGAUUGAAGAUAAAUUAGAGGAAUUGAAUAGACAUAAAAUUUAGUAGCAGUAAAAUCCAUUUGAAAUUGAAUUCAAAAGUCCAAUUAAAGAAAUGAACAUACUUGAUAUGUCCUCUCCCACUUCUGAUUUAGGAAUCAGUCCACUUAGACAAUAGAUUGUUAAUCAAAGAAAUCAGACUUCAAGUAUCCAAGUUAUUUAAUAAUCACAAAGUUUGAAUCCAGUUACAGUUGGCCACUCGAAACUAUCUAAUCAGGUUUAGAUAAAUUCUGAUUACAGUCCCACAAUCCAACUAAAAUAAAAUAUCAAUCAUAUGGGUACUUCUCAGAAUUAGGUGAGUCAUAAUUAAGAUAGAUAUAAGUAAACUACUUUAAGUUAAAAAUAAAGCUAGGAUAAAUAAACCUCUGAGAGGUUAGAUUCAAAUUAAAUCUUAUCAAAAUCGAACUAGCCAGGCCUCUAUGAAAGGGCUUUUACUUUCAGUUAAUUGAACCCACCAAAUAAUUAACCCACUCAAAUGUCAACAGGUUCAAGUAAAGAUUAUGGUUUUACUACUAUUGAAAAAACCAAUAGAAACAGAAUGAGUACCAUUAGCAGUGAACCUUCAGAAGAACUUAAAUAAAAUUUGAUUUCAAAAGGACUUUACAAUAUUCUUUCAGAUAAUAAGCACACAAGAUGA